AUGGCAAGACAACUAAUCUUUAUACAAAAGACCAUAUUGCCCUUCCCGGGCAUCGCGUUUUUUGCUGUUCUAGUGGGGGUUAUAUCCAUUUUCUCAAUCGUUGGUUUUCUAUGUGGUUCACAUGGUGGUUUGAAAAGAUCCGAUACGUAUAAAAGAGAGAAAAACACAGUGCGUCUAGGAGUCAAAAAGCAGGCGACUUCCAAAUUAGGAGGUGGUUUGAGUAGUAAAGCCUUAUUGAUGGCCAAGAUGAUCUCAUGGAGGAAAGUGGAAGAAUUAGGAGAAAAUGAUCAUGAUGAUGAAGAAGCUGUAUGGAAGCGUACAAUUAUUAUGGGGGAAAGAUGUCGGCCUCUUGAGUUUUCUGGAAAGAUUUUGUACGAUGAGAACGGAAAUUCCAUCCCCGAAACUCCUCAUAAACAUGUUGCUAUGGGUCGUGAUAAAGUUGCUGAUAUGAGUAUGACACAACCGUGA